AUGGCAGCCAUAAGCAUUGGUCCAGACCCGUCUUUGGCAUAUCGGCCAAAUUUGAUGGAGAAAGAAAGCAAGGAUAAGGAAGACUAUAGAAACUUUGAGAGUGGAAGUCUCAUUGACCGCGUGUUCAACACAUACAAGCUGAUGCACACCAACCAGACAUUGGACUUUGUAAAGAGAAAGCACUCUGAAUGGUCAGGCUGCAGCCACAGCCAGAUGGGGAUGAUGGAGGCCAUCAUGUCUCUAGACCAGCUGGUGGAUGAGUCCGAUCCCGAUGUGGAUUUCCCCAACUCCUUCCAUGCCUUCCAGACUGCCGAGGGAAUCCGCAAAGAACACCCAGACAAAGACUGGUUCCAGUUGGUUGGUCUGAUCCAUGAUGUUGGAAAGAUCAUGGCUCUUGCUGGAGAACCCCAGUGGGCCGUGGUGGGCGACACCUUCCCCGUGGGCUGCCAGUUUCAGAACUCCAUCGUUUUCAGAGAUACCACUUUCCUGGAAAACCCAGAUGACAAAAACCCUGCCGUCAAUUCUAAAUAUGGGAUCUAUGAACCCAACUGCGGGCUGGACAAUGUCCUCAUGUCCUGGGGUCAUGAUGAAUAUCUCUACAGAGUUAUGAAGUUCAACAACUGCAAGAUCCCAGAGGAAGGGUUGUAUAUGAUCCGCUUCCAUUCCUUCUACCCCUGGCAUUCCCAUGGUGACUACAUGCAUCUGUGCAAUGAGAAAGACCUUAGCAUGCUGCCCUGGGUGACAGAGUUCAAUAAAUUCGACCUGUACACCAAGACCACCGAUAUGCCCGAUGUUGAGAAGCUGAAGCCUUACUACCAGUCUCUGAUCGACAAGUACUGUCCCGGAGUACUGAAGUGGUGA